AUGGGCGCCGAGUGCCUGGCGUGGAUGGGCGUCGCCAGGAGCCACGAGGCCGUCGUCGCGGGCCUCCGCGCCACGCUCGACCAGGUCCUCCUCCGGCCGCCCACCAGCUGCGCCGCGGGCGACGGUGGCGGGGCCGAGGACGCGCGGUCAUGCUGCUUCGAGGCGCCGCGGGCGCCGGCCGCGGGCGACGGUCCUUCGUCGCCACCGUCGUGCAGGUCCUGCGGCGGCGGCGAGGCGCGCGCCGAGGACGCGCGGUCGUGCUGCUUCGAGGCGCCGCGGGCGCCGGCCGCGGGCGACGGCGCUUCGUCGCCACCGUCGUGCAGGUCCUGCGGCGGCGGCGAGGCGCGCGUGCUGCUGCUCCCGUGCCGGCACCUGUGCCUGUGCCGCGCGUGCGAGGCCGGCGCGGACGCGUGCCCCGUCUGCGCGGCGGCCAAGAACGCCUCGCUCCUUGUCCUGGUCUCCUGAAGCCUACGGCGUCCGUUCGCCCGUCCGUGCGCAUGCCAAGAGCCCAAGACCCAAGGGGCAAUAACGUCUUUUCAUCUAAUUUAACAGUGAAUCUAACAGCUGACUCACGGAAUGACACUGAGGGGAUUGGAGUAAAAUUUCAGUGGCAAUGAAGGGAUGGCCUAAAUUUUGAUGGCAUUAAAGGGAUUGCCUUAAAUUUUGAUGGCAUUGAGGGAAUU